UAUCGGAAAGUUCACUAACUUUUCGGGUUAAAAGCCAGUCCAAAUAUGGCCACUAAUGGAAGAAGAAAUGCAAGAGAUAAUUCCCGAGCUGGUUUUGAGAAGCGAGAGAAAAGACGUCAAAUACGAGCUUUACAAGAAGCUAUUGACAGGCACUCGACUGAGGAUGUACAGGAAAUAGUUCAGGAUGAGUUUGAUGUUGACUUCCAAUACCGCAGUCAGACAGCCUUACAGCUUGCAGUCAAGGAGGGAUGUUAUGAUAUUUGUAAGAUAUUGAUACAGAAAGGAGCUAAUGUAAAUAUGGCUGAUGCUGAACAGAACAAUCUAUUAAAUAUGGCCGCAUGGAGAGGACAUUUAGAAAUAGCAGAACUACUGAUUGAAAAUGGUGCUGAUAUAGAUGAUCAAAACAUUAACGGAUAUACUGCAAUACACACUUGUGCUUCACAAGGUCAAACAGAUGUUCUACAGCUUUUGAUAUCAUCAAAUGCAGAUUUAGAUUUAAAUAACAGAAAUAGCCAGACAGCUUUACAUGUGGCCGUGAGAGAGAGAAAUUCAGAAAUAGUUCAGUUACUUCUACUAGGAGGAUGUAAAAUGGACAAGAUAGAUGAUAAGAGAAAGACGCCACUCAUGUACGCAGCCGAGUUUGGCUUUAAUGAUGUUGUGCAAAUUCUUAUCAAUGGAGGUGCUAGUAUUAAUGUUCAGGACAAGAUAGGAAGUACAGCAUUGUUCCUAGCAGUACAGAAUGGACACCUUAAUGUUGUACAAACAUUGGCCAAAGCAGGAGCCAAUGUUAACCUUCCAGUCACUAAAGGUGCAACACCACUCUUAGAGAGUAUAAGCCAGGAUCAUACAGAUAUUGCUGUUUAUCUGAUAGAUGUUAAAUGUGAUGUCAACCAAACUGACAGACUUCAUCAAGCUCCCAUACACUCUGCUGUUGCCAAAG